AACCGAAACAGGGAACAGUGUUCCAUCUCGGUUAUUCUUUUAGGUAACUGUUUGCUAGAUCUACCACGCAAGCAGAUCCUGGGCCCCGAAGAACUGCCGGGACAGACGUACGACGCCACGCAGCAGUGCAACCUGACCUUUGGGCCCGAGUACUCCGUGUGCCCCGGCAUGGAUGUGUGCGCCCGCCUCUGGUGCGCCGUCGUGCGCCAGGGCCAGAUGGUGUGUCUCACCAAGAAGCUGCCAGCCGUGGAGGGGACACCAUGUGGGAAAGGGAGGAUCUGCCUGCAGGGCAAGUGUGUGGACAAAACCAAGAAAAAAUAUUAUUCAACAUCAAGCCAUGGCAGCUGGGGAUCCUGGGGGUCCUGGGGCCAGUGUUCUCGCUCAUGUGGGGGAGGAGUGCAGUUUGCCCAUCGGCACUGCAAUAACCCCGCACCCAGAAACAGUGGCCGCUACUGCACAGGGAAGAGGGCCAUCUACCGCUCCUGCAACGUCAUGCCCUGCCCACCGAACGGUAAAUCUUUUCGUCACGAGCAGUGUGAGGCCAAAAAUGGGUAUCAGUCUGACGCAAAAGGAGUCAAAACGUUUGUGGAAUGGGUUCCCAAAUAUGCAGGCGUCCUGCUGGGGGACGUGUGCAAACUGACCUGCAGAGCUAAGGGCACCGGAUACUAUGUGGUGUUUUCUCCAAAGGUGACGGAUGGGACUGAAUGCAGGCCGUACAGUAACUCCGUGUGCGUCCGGGGCAAGUGCGUCCGCACGGGCUGUGAUGGUAUCAUCGGCUCGAAGCUGCAGUACGACAAGUGUGCCGUGUGUGGGGGAGACAACUCCAGUUGCACGAAGGUGGUUGGAACUUUCAGUAAAAAAAGUAAGGGUUACACUGACGUGGUGAGGAUCCCCGAAGGGGCAACCCACAUAAAAGUUCGACAGUUCAAAGCCAAAGACCAGACUCGAUUCACUGCCUACUUAGCCUUGAAGAAGAAAAACGGUGAGUACCUCAUCAAUGGGAAGUACAUGAUCUCCACCUCAGAAACCAUCAUCGACAUCAAUGGAACCGUCAUGAACUACAGCGGCUGGAGCCAUAGAGACGACUUCUUGCACGGGAUGGGCUACUCAGCCACGAAGGAAAUUCUCAUAGUGCAGAUUCUUGCAACCGAUCCAACUAAAGCGUUAGAUGUCCGUUACAGUUUUUUUGUUCCCAAGAAGUCCACCCCAAAAGUCAACUCUGUCACCGGCCACAGCAGCAAUAAAGUGGGCUCGCCCAGUCCACGGCUGCAGUGGGUGACGGGCCCGUGGCUUGCCUGUUCUCGAACCUGUGACAUGGGCUGGCACACCAGGACGGUGCAGUGCCAGGACGCCAACCGCAAGUUAGCGAAGGGAUGCCUUCUCUCUCAGAGGCCUUCCGCGUUUAAGCAGUGUUUACUCAAGAAAUGUUAGCCUGUGGUGAUGAGGUUCUGCAGAGAUAACUGGGCGUCUCAUCACGGAGCAGUCCUGGCCAAUGGGGGUGAUCCGUCGUGGUGAACGAGAGGUCUACCUAAAGCACAGAAAGUCACGCUUCGAUGGCAUUGUCAACAGGAGUCUAAUUAUGGGCAGAAUCUGCUCUCGGUGACCAAAGGAAGAUGUACACUGUUCCGUAUGAACAGUGGUGACCUUGGAAUCUCAGAAACUCUUGGGAGUUAUUGAACAUCCCCUGGGCUACAAGAAUGAAAAAACACUGAUGAAUGUAGAAUCAGGGGACAUUUGAAGAUGGCAGAACACCAGUCUCCCCCUUGUCACCUACCUCUUCUGGAAUGUCUUCAGAGGCAUCAUAAUCAUUAUCAUCCACAAUACACAGUAGCUUAUUUUUACUGUUUGUAAAUACAUUCUCCCUUGAUAUGUCACUUUAUAUCACUUGGUUCUAUUAAAAAUGUGUGUGUGUGUGUGUGUUCUCUAUACACACACACACACAUAUAUAUUUCUAUAAAAAAUGUUUGACCAAAGUAGGUCUGCAGCUAUUUCAACUUCUUCUAGUUUCCAGAAAGAGCUGUGGAUGCUUUACUGGAAAUGAAGAACUUGCUGCAGUUUUAAUAAGAUUUUGCAUACUUUCAGACUACAGGAGAUCAAAUUUUAGUCAAAAACCAUUUUGACAGCAAGCAUCUUCUGAGAAAUUCUAAGAAGAAAAAGGAUCUCAGUGUAUCUAGUCAUUUAAAUACAUACACGGGUCCAUUUCCUUAAACUUUUGACUGCCUGCAUUUUUUCAGGCAGCCAGGCGAACUGAGGCAUAAUUAGGAUGUAGAAAUAGUGUUUGCGUGUGUGUAUGUUAUGAGUAUUCAAGAGUCUGAAAACUAGUUUCUCACCCUAAAAACUAGUUUUCUCAUGUUAGAAUUUAAAAGGAAAAAAAAAAAGACCAUAUUUCACCAUAGUCUCGAUUUAUAUUCUCACACCACUUUCCCCGUUCGGAAGCUUUCAUCUGAUACCUUAUAUUGUCUAAUAUUCAUACGAAACACACUGCAGAGAGUUUUCUGUUCGCAUCCAAAACCUUCAACACUGGUAUACCUCUUACCAGCAAGCCUUUAAAAUGUGUUUGUUUUUGCUUGUCUGUCUAAGGGUUCUGUAAGACCUGCAAUGUUUUGUACUUCUUGUUGACUUAGUUUGAUAGGAGUAUUAAAGAUCACUUUGUAGUUGGCCA